AAACAGAGUCAUUUUUGUUUAUUCAACCCUUUCUUAUCACCAAGGCUUACAGUCUACUAGUGAUAUUGGCGGGAGUCUUCCACACAAUAAGUUAGAAGAACGUUGUGUCAAUCACGGAGAUGGACAUGCAUAACAUUUCGAAGAUAGUAUUGAUUGUGGCAUUAUUCCUAGUGGUGCACCCAAGUGGAUCAAGAAGCCAAUGGGUGACUAACCAACCUAGUCCUCUCUGUCCUUCUCAAUUUGCACUUGUGAAUCAUGCAUGUUCAUUGCUUCCAUUAAAUCCGGCGUCUCCACCAUCUCCACCAUCCCCUUUUCUGCUAGUUUCCCCACCACCUCCUCCCGGCUCUUCAGAAAGAAGACACAGACGCAGGCAUGAUCAUCACCACGAGUACAAGGAAAGUUCUGCAGAAGAGAACUGCUGCAGGUGGAUGAAACAAGUCGACAGCGAAUGUGUCUGUGAUCUGCUGGUUCGUUUGCCUCUGUUCCUGUCUAGGCCUGUCCACCAGUACACAGUCUUGGUUGAUCCAGGUUGCAACAUUACGUUCGAGUGCGGUUCGAGGGGGGCCGAUAGUCAUAUGCUACCCCCUCACCCAUGAUGCACCAUCUCAACAUACCUUGACUUGUGGUGUUUUAAGUUUAUUAACUACAUUUCUUCAAAUGAAAAAAAAGUAUAAGAAAGUAGAGUAACCUAGUAUUUUCAUUUAAUGCUUGAUUAAAAAGAAAUCUGUAAUGUGUUAGUUGAAGUAAAAGAAAUAAAACUUAUGUGAUCGUCUACAUUGAA